CUCCUGCACAGAGUGGCACUGUCACAGUCUUUCAUGUGCGACAGGGAGGCAUACUUUAUGUUCCCUCCUGCCCCCUGCAGACCCUCCUGCAGGGGGCAGGAGGGAAGAAGAGAUCUGGGAAGAAGAGAAAGAGGCUUCAGCAUGAAGCCCUGCCUGGACAAGCACCAGUGAGGAAACAUCAGACAUCACCUGCAAAGGGGAGCCACUGGACACUGGCGGCAAUGCAAAGCCUUUGGGUGGUGAUGUGUUCAACCAGCUCACAGCAGAGAAGGUAAGAAAGCUCUCUGACAGAGUGAGGAGGAUCUUCAGCAUCCCUGGAGAGUUACAUUUGCAGUGAGACCAUGACUCUGGCAGCCUAUAAAGAGAAGGUCAAAGAGCUCCCCCUGGUGUCUCUGUUCUGCUCAUGCCUGAACCCACGCACUGCAGAAAACCUGACCUACAAGGCAGAAGAUGCAGUGGACCUGGCCUGGUGCGUCAUCAAAGAUGUAGAAGUUAUCGAGCUGAACAAACGUGCAUCGGGCCAGGCCUUCGAGGUCAUCCUCAAGCCCCCGUCUUUUGACGGCUUGCCAGAACUCAAUGCCUCCAUGCCGCAGCGCCGCGACCCAUCCCUGGAGGAGAUCCAGAAGAAGUUGGAGGCGGCUGAAGAGAGGCGAAAGUGCCAGGAGGCGGAGCUGCUGAAGCACCUGGCGGAGAAGAGAGAGCACGAGCGCGAGGUGAUCCAGAAAGCUUUUGAGGAGAACAACAACUUCAUCAAGAACGCCAAGGAGAAGCUGGAGCAGAAGAUGGAGGCCAACAAGGAGAACAGGGAGGCUCUGCUGGCAGCCAUGCUGGAAAGGCUGCAGGAGAAGGACAAACAUGCAGAGGAAGUGAGGAAGAACAAGGAGAUGAAGGAGGAGGCCUGCCGGUAGACGAAUGGCACGAGGGAACCGAAAAAGCGAGGAAAAAAAUAAAAGGGGGGAAAAACAGCGCAUUAAAAAAAGAACUCAACAGCAA